AUGGAAAUGGCUUUAUUGCGCCAGGAUGACGUUGCACAGGACAUGGCUUCGGCCACUCACGAUCUGUCUGAUGUAAGAAGGAAGUGUCUAAGCCCUCAAAACACACGAAUCCGGAUACGGCGAAACAGAAUACUUCAUUUUUGCGUCAACAUAGAUUCGGAGUGGUGUAUCCGGUUUCACGCAUUCACACGAAUACGCUACUGCAGUUUGUAAUUGCAACUGCACUCGGGCCAGCGUUAUGAUCUCACUGGCCGUAUAUCCUUCCCACUUCCAGUGCUUUAGGGUAACAUUUCAUACACUUCUCAAGUAGGAAUGUCAAAGAGAAAUAACUAGGUAAAGGCCGAUUCAUUUGCCUGGAGCGAAAGUAAACAGAGGGUUGUUGGCCUCUACUUUAAAUUUUUCAAGUUCCCAUUUAAGCCUGGACCCGAGUAUUUAAAAAUAUCCGGUUUCGGUCGUCUUUGCGAACUGGCCAAACCCGACGAAUUAAUUAAAAAUUCCACUCUGAAGACGGGUUUCAAUGCGGUCUCGGGGAGCGGAUUUACCGUUUUGGUGUAGAUGGAAGGCCGAUUCGUAUUAAAAAGCGUGCGGUUUCAAAAAUAUCCGGAUUCGUGUGGACGGGGCCUGAACCUUAUACGCUUCCUUUUCUCACGUAACGAAGGGUGUAAUGUAAUACUGUUCUUCUUUACGUUCGUUGAGUAACGUUAAACGUGACCUUUAGGUGGAAAGAGAGCGCGUUACAAGCGACCGUGACAUAAGAAGUGGAACAUUUUGGUUUGCGAACGUUUUUUAGUAUGCGUAACAUUUUAUGAAGGCUUGUAUGUGGUUCUAGCGUAUCGCAAUUUGGGGUCACAAAUAAAAAUAUCACCUCAGUAGUCUGUCUAACCUUGACUCCAUGUUUCCAUUAUUGAGUUAUAGGCGAGAUUGCGUCACACAUUUGAAUAUUGCUGGUUUACACAUUACGUCAUCAAAAACUCAAAGGAAAGAAUUAUCGAUCCUCCUGAGUUCUUACUUUCGGGAAUUAUUAGAGCCGCUAAAAACUAAUAUUCAGAAAAAUUUUCACUGCGAAAAAGUUCUUCGGUUUGUGAUACAGUACGCUGAAAUUUCUAAGCUUUUGCGUGACGCGGCAUUUACAUGGUAGCCUGCGAGCAAGCUCUCCGGGCGCGCUGGGGGCGAGGCAGGAAAAGAAAGGAGAGCUUGCAACUACCUCUCUGGAAUUUGAAUUCUACCUCCAAUUCGCCUGUGGCUCCCCGUCGACUGAGCUGUCAGAUUUUCGCCAAUCAGCGCGAAGCGGAAACGAGCGCGAUUGUAAACAAACAUUGAAAAACACGUGCCAAGGGUAAUGGCGUCAUUACUAAUGUCAUCUCCGCCAAUCAGCAUUUUGCUCGACUUAUUCAUUUUCCAGGGACGUAGCUGUAAGCUCUCCCUCCUUUUCCCGCCCAGCCGCCAGAACGCCCCAGAGGGCUUGCUCGUAGGCUAUUUACAUGGCGGACGAGAGAGCUGCCAUGAAGGCUGAAAAAUUGACUCUGUUGGGGGGAUUUUGCUAUCUGAAUGGUCAUUGUAUUAAUUUCAAUGUUAAUGAGUUCCUCAAGAGAUGAAUUCACCCUUAAGUAGCACAACUCCGUGACACAUGUUUCUGUUGGUUUCCGGCCGCCAUGUUAGUGACCAUCCGGAUGGGCACCAACAAUGCCUUUCCAUACAAAGCUCUAUAAAUGUAGGUAAAAAAAUUCUCCGAAUUUCUCGCGCAUGAAAAACUGCACCGACCUGAAUCUUGGCGAGGGCCUUUGUAUAUUUACCUUCUUUCAUUUCCCAGAUUCUAGACUUUAUCUAUUACACGGGUUUGAUUUUUAUUUUUAAUAGCGUGACAGGGAAAACCUGCAAUAGCGUUACAUUUUUUCUACAUGUAAAUGUCAUUGCCAUUUUCUUUAAUCAUUUAGCAAAGUUUGGCUGAUGAGUAUGAAGUUAAGGAGGAUCAACAUUCUAUACACCAAGACCAAGAAGACAUUGCAGUGUCUCCGCAACAAAGCAACAAAGAUGCCGUUCUUGAAGUGAUUCCAUCGACUUCCACCAAAGUAGAUGUAAGACGAGAACAAAAACACUAUAAUAAUUACUUAUUCACUAAUAAAGAAGAAUUUGCCUCUAGGGCGCCUUAUUUUGUUUACGUUUCACGUUAGAAGGACACAACAUGAUCUUGGUUUCCCUUUGCCACUAAUGUGUUUCGUCGAUGGUGUACCUUUUCUGCGCUGUCUUGGAUUUACGUUUCAGCGUCUUGUUUUCCUUCUCUUUACCUGUUUUCAGUUGCGAGCUAGUGACUUCCAGAACGAUGGCUGAUAUAAGGAAUCGUCUAGUAAAAUGGUGUCUUUGUUGUUUUUAAUCAGUACCACUUGUAUCAGCAGGUGGCCGAGGCUUUCUGGGUAAACAUUAAACUGUGGGCGUGGAUUUUCAUCCUAGACUUGAAAACAGUACCCUGGACCCGAAGUAAAUUUUAUCUAGCUCUUGACUGGUCACUUUGAAGUUACUUUUAAUAGAUAAUACUUAUAUAUUCUGCGGCUCUUGUCUGGCUCAAGCAAAUUAUGUUAUUUUUAUCUGUUUAUCCGUUAGUUACUUAUUUACUAACAAGGAAAGUAAUUACUUGAAAGCUGUGCUGUUUCAAGCUUAACCAAAAAUUUGAUAGUUUUUUAUCAAUUUAACUAGGAUGAGGAAUUCAAAGUGACUGACAAAGAACUUCUAACCAGGCCAACGGCAUCACUAGGAAAAACUCAAGCUUCUGCAAUACCACUUUCAAUUGAAAACCUAGAGGAGUCAGACGAGGAUCCUUGUGACGUAGGAGAGAACUUUUCUACCAAACAACUGUUUUCAUUUGCCUGGCAAAUAGCUAAAGGAAUGGUAAUUAUCUUGUUUUCUGGAUAAUGUUGCUGGGAUUCUGAUACUGAGUAUAACUUGGAAAGAAGAAUUCAAAAGUCAAUAUUUUAUAAACAUGAAAUAGAUGGGAUAAAUAUAUUGGCAGUUUUUUAGAUAUGAGUAUAUUAAAAUGGCUUAUAUGGAAAAAAACUUUUUUUCGGUCGACCCAGUUUUAGCUAAAUUCGUUUCGUUAUGCAUCUGAACGUAAAUAUUUGGAUCAGAUCAGUGCCAAUAUUUACUUUUCAUUUGUAUUUUUUCAUCUAUACUCAACUACUUAGUGUUCGGCGUACCCCCGUUAUUAUGUUUUGAGAUCAUUUUAAUCGUUUUUUCGUUGCUUAUUUGUUAUUAGAAUCAUCUCGCCGAAAACAAUCUUGUUCACAGAGACCUUGCUGCCCGUAAUGUCCUUGUUGGCCAUGACAAUCAGAUUAAAGUGUCAGACUUUGGGUUGAUGAGACAAAUCUAUGAAGAUGUGAGCAGCUCAGCGAAGUCCAGAAAACUUCCUGUAAAGUGGAUGGCCCCAGAAUCACUUUAUCAAGGGGUUUACACGACCAAAAGUGAUGUGUGAGUGAUGAGUUUUCCGGCUCCCUUGACAAGGGAACUAUUGAAACUUUUCUACUGAAUCACUCCUCAAAAUUGUAGUUGCCGUCAUUACAGAAGCAUAUAACUCUGAAGUUCCUAAAUCCCCUUAUUUUUAAUAACCAUCCUAGGGUUUUUAGCCGUCCAAUUAGAAGCACGGAAAAUUGUUUGCCCAAAUAUGGAAUCAUAGUAUUGUAGGUACCUCUGUCUAAAUUUCAGGGCGGAAAAACGUUCUGCGCAAGCUUCUGCGCAUCCCUAAUCGCAGGCUCAAGGCGAGCAUUUCUGUGUGUUGACUGUGUUCGACAGUUUGUUUGUUUGUCACUGAGAGAGUUCUGACUAAGACUGAAUGAAAUGCACAAGGUGUGAACGUUUGCUUCUCGAAAAGUCUUAUUACUUUUGUGUGGUUUUUGUUUUUCGUCACUUGAAAAUUACUUUGGACUCGGAACAACCAAUGUUAAAGGAAAAACGGAUCAUCCCGUCAGUCUGAGGUGGAAUACAGAAUUUUGAACUUUUCCAAAGAGGCGAGUAUUUUUCUGAUUGUUCAUUCGAUUUAUUGUGAGUUGAUUCUGACUUCUUUCGCGGGCUGAACUAAAACCCGCUUUUUUUAGUUAGUAAAUAAUUUUUCACAUGCCCAGANAGUGCGGGCAAGGGGUGGGGAUUUGACAAAUUUUAAAAUUUUUCGAUCAAAUUCCCCAGGGUGGGAAACGAAAGGUCAAUCAAAAGUGUCAAAAAAGCCCCCACCCCAGGGGAAAAAAUCUAAACAAACAAUGCUAUAAUACUAUGUAAAACGAAUAAAAGAACAUCUCAAACACGUUGUUACUACUUUUAUUUACGGUUAACGGAAGCUCCAUUAAAUCACUCGCUGUAAUUAAGUAUUUUCUCUCUCCACUAGCAUCUCUUAUCUUGAACAACAAAAUCACUCCAGGAAGAUUGACCGUGCUAUAUAAUAUUAAUAAAACGUGAAAUGCUUUAAAACAUCUGCUCAACAUGUCGGAACAGGUCGGAUCAGUGACCUAUAAAAAAUCCUCUGACUUUCAUGGUGGGAUUCGAUUUCAAUCGAGUUUUACAAUCAGAUGGGAACUUGAAGAUAAAAACUUCCUCAAAAUAGACAUUAUCUGUUUAGAUGACAGUUUAAAGUAUCGGAUUAUGGCGAUUAAAACAAAUGAAAACUUCAUACCUUUCUCCAACAACGUGACUUUCAGGAAGCCUCGAGGGACGGACUUGGUAACUGCUUCUGAAUUGAUACCAGGCUUCUGUCGGUCAAAGUUAAAUGUCCCGACCCCGGGGUCGCUUCACACGAUGAAAAGCCCGACAGCGGGAUAGUCCCAGGCAUCAAAUCCCCUCCCCUUGCCCGCACUCCCCCCCACGGGAUUUACAUUGAUAGGUGCAUUACUCGAGAAGAAAAGACUACUCAUUUUUUCUGUUGCUCAAGUACUAGCAGUUAGAGUUUUCUUCACUUUUAAUUACAUAGUUUUGUUUUCCACUGCACUGUGAAAGUUUCAGUUCUUCAUAAGGAAAUAACUUUCUGUACGCAAAUUUUCCUUUUCACUCGCUGUGAAGUAGAGGACAACUGUCGGCAGUGACUUCAAAACAAUUGACUCUGCCCGUAACACUGAAUUGCUGGAGCUGGAUUUGUCUGUGGCGAACAAAACAAAUACCCUUAUGUGCAAUUUUCUGAAUUUUGUAACGAUUGGCUGAUUUUAAUUUGCUUGAAUGAAGACCCUCACAUGGAACAGUUAUUCACUGAGUUAUUAAAGCGAGGAAAAUAGCUACAUGGUGAAUCAUGGUUUAGCUGCGAAGCUCACUGCAACCGAUCUUUUGCGUUUAAGAUCUUUAAGGUAGGUUGUUUUCGUACAAAAAAUUCAUUUCUUUAUUGUCAGCAACAAGUUUUUAUUGCAAUAAUGUAAUUUUAACUUUGUUUGAAGGAAAUCCUACUUACGUGUAGGUUUUUGACAAAUAUUAUGCAAGUUGAACUUGACAACACAAAGCAUAAUUUACAUUUAUCUCUUAGUACGCGAAACGAUCAAGUUUAAAAAUAAACUAUAGUUGCUUUGAAACCGAUUUUGGGAAGAUUUUACUAGAUAAAGAUUGACUCUUUUCCUGCCCACAUGUCGACGCCAAAACUUGACAUAGAGGAUUUUGUUUUAAAAUAUUUCAGUGAUCUACAAAGCUACAAGUGUCCGAUCGAGCGUUGGUUUAAAAUAUCAGCUUGAAUGCGACAAAGUUCAGCGACUUCAAACACAUUGUGGGCGUGCGUUAUUUUUUUUUGGGCAAAUCACUGUUCAAAGAUAUUUUGUUUUUGUGUCCACAGUGGGGCUCGUUACCUUAUAUAUCCAGGAGCUUCCUUAUAUGAACACAUUUUGUGAAUGCAUCUUGAAAAAAAGCGGACCUACGCAUGCACAUUUCCAGUACAACGCAAGGAAAUUAACGUCGUUAAAGUACGUUUUACCAUGAGGUAUUCUUUGAGAAAAUUAAGUCAUGAAAAGGUUAUAACCACAGCUUGCAACUUUUGAAGACAAAUUGCUUGGUCUUUUCUGGUUAAGAGUGGAAACAUUUUAUUAUUAGGCAAAAAAAUUUGAAAUCCCGCCAAUACGUUUUUCCGCCCUGAAUGUCUAAAUAUAUUGCUGCUAAAAACGGAUCCUUACAGUCCUUAACAGUUUUCCAAUUACAUUCAAAACUCAAGGGUACACGAAUUUUUGGGCUUCUCCGUGGACAGUAAACCAUCUAUAAAUGCCGUGAAUCUGUACAUAUUUAUAACCUCUUUGGUUUUUCUCAUAGUUGGUCUUUUGGUGUUGUUCUUUGGGAAUUGGCUACCUUGGGUGAGUGGACAGUAAUUUUGUAGUUUAUAGUUGUCAUGUUAAAUUUGAGGUGACUGACAAAUCAAAAAAACAUUUUUCAUGGUCUAUGACUCUUAUCGACCGUCGAAAUGAUGUCGAGAUGUUGAAAACUCAUGCACGACCCGCAGGAUAAUUGUUUCAUUUCAAAGUUUUCAGCCUUCCAAGGGAAUCAAGGCGACAGUGCCUGAACCCACCUUCCCCCUUUUCCCAUGGUGUGAUGUGGCUUAACUGUUACGAUUGUUGUCAAGGUUACUGCCACCAAGAAGCAUCGCGCAGAAUGAGUGGACAUCAUUAGCAAUUAAUGACUGCCGAAGCGGCAAAUUCGAACGCACGAGCGCUUUCAAUAAGCUCUGAAUAAGAGAAGAAAGGGCCUCUUUUGGCCCACCAGCGUUGAUAAAACUCAUUCGCGCGACUUCGUUAGCUACAAAAUGCCAAAUCCACUGACAGAAUAUUCAAAAUGAAUGAUAUAUCUACGAUUUAAGCACAAACCUUUGAACGAAAUUCCCGCAAAAUAAAGCAAAGUGUAUGUAUUCUCAUGAUUUAAACGUUCACUGUGAGAUAUGCGCAUAGUCGCGAUUUUGCGAAACGAAAGAGCUAAAAGGAGAAAACAAUAGCGUGCUGCAUUCAGUGUUUAGUUUGCCACCUACAACAUAUUGGUCAGCUUCGUCGUGCAUUCUUGGCAACCAAUGGCUGAAGCGCUUUCAUAGAGUCUCUGCAUGAUUGCACGUAAUAUGACAGAUCUACCAACUUUGUUGAACUGGAAGUAAAUGUCCCGAGAACAACAGGCAUUCUGCGCGAUGGGGCGAAAACAAUGUUUUAUAAUGUUUCAUUUGCGGCAAGUUUGAAUUUUCUUGUUUGAUCUGGGCUCUGUUUUAAUUGAUUAAGUGCUGUGAGACAAGCACAUCUCCUAGAUGAUAACCGUAUGUGACAAUACAUAUUUUAAUAUGUCAAAUUUAAAAAUUUGCGAGCAUUUGAUGACUGGAAACGUGAAACCUUAAUGUUAAUCACCCUGCCUUCUUUCAUGACACAUUUAACUGCAUUGGCUAUAUAUAAGACCUCCAUUCAAUCAACCAUUUUUGCAAAAUGACCUUAUUGAGCUUAUAUGAGGAGAAGUGACAAUCGACUAAGGCAUCUUCAAUAAAAAUCUAUCUAAUGGAAAAUUGCAUGUAUUCAGUUGCUGAUAUGUAAUCAUUUGUUUUCUUUCUCGCAAUCGUCAGGAGGCGUACCAUACCCCACGCUGACCAACUUGGGUUGUAUCGACUGCUCGGUACUGGUUAUCGCAUGGAAAGGCCUGACAUGUGCUCCGAUGACGUGUACGUUUCUUGAUUAGAGUUGUCUUAGAUUUAACAAACACAUUCGAUUUUUCUGUGCCUCUGCUCAGUUACAUUUCAUACCGCACGGUGCAGCAUACGAAUUCGUCAAAUAUUUUAACGCCUUCGUUGAUCAUAUUAAAUACUGACCAGACUGACGGAAGUGGGAAACUUUUGAUUGGAUCCUCACUCUUUAAACAAGAAAACCCUCCAUUAGCUUAUGGUCAAAUUAGUAGUGAUUAGGUUAAUCUCUUUCCUGGGGCCGGGGAGAGUACUCCCUGUACUGGGGAGGCACCCCCCAAAAGGAGCUAAAAGGGGUACCUCUCACAGUCUUCUGGUAUAGGAGGUCAAGUUAAAGUUCUUUUCUGUCAAAAAUGAUACUAAAAAGGAUAAGGGGUUGGACCUCGGGGCAGAGCUUUACAUAAUAAUGGCUGGAUGAAUGAAUGUUUUCCCAAUACAGAUCAUGUCUAACGGUCAAAUUCCCCUGGGACCUCUUUUGGGAAACCAAAACAUACAAGCUAUAAAGAGGUCUAUUGACACCAUCUAAUAAUUGACUGGAGCUCUUCUAAGCAUUGAAUGGUUCUUUUUUUUUUCUCUCCAUUCAUAACAGAUAUGAGCUGA